AUGUCACAUCAGCUCAAUGGUUUGGAUUAUUAUAAAAGAAUUUCAUUGUUAAAUAAUGCAUCAUGGGGUAAUAUUAUAAGAGAUACUAGAAUGCAAUUAAUAUUAGUUUUUGAAUUAUUAAAAUUAAGAUCAGAAGGUCAAAUGAAAAGAAAUCAAUUUUAUCAAGGUGUAGGUUUAGUACCAUUCUCUCUUACCCUUCCAACUCUCGCUCAACAAAAUGGGAAGUCAAUCAAUAAAUGUACUGGUUCCACUGGUAAACUUUAUUUAUUAGAAGAUAACAACUUAUUUAUUCAACAUAACUGUGGUGAUCUUUUACUUAUCAAUAAGCUAUUUGGUGCCAAAGUUGUACCAAUUUCAUCAUAUGAAUCUUUUAUCGAUCAAAUAAUUAAUAUUUUUUUUAAUCUCAAACUUAUUGGAAAUGAAGAACAAGCUUUAUGCUUAGAUAAAAACAAUUGUCCAAUAUUUGCACGUUAUUAUAUAAAUGAAAAUAAUCCUUGUACGAAAUAA